GUGAAGAACUAGGGCUUAAAUUUGCGUAUAAAGAAAGUGGAACAUGGAAACUCUAAGCCGGAAAGAUUCAAUCCGGAUGUUUUUGAAAGGUGGAACAGGGGAGAGAAGGCAACCAAUGUCAUCAUCAUCAAUAAGAGAUGUGAAAAGAGAAGUGCUAUCAAAAGAAGAAGACACAUGUUUCCAUUUCCUGAAUUUGAAAUUGCUUGGAUAGAUAUGUAAAGAAUGUGUUGUGUUUCGGUAAUAGGGGCUUUGUAUAAUUAAACAUUGUUUCUUAAAAAUUAUAGGGGCUUUGUAAACAUUGUUUCUUAAAAAAAGAAGCAAAAUCCACGUGAGCGAGGUUGGCACCACAAAAAAAAAAAGAAAAGAAAACCGUCUCGUAGGCAGGCAAAAGAGAGAGAGAAUCCAGAAUUGAAAAAUCCAUAAAAAAAAAAUGACCACCAUCGUUGCUAAGCUUCUCCGCUUCCACGCCUUGGCUUGAGAAUCGAAUCUCGUUCGUGUUACCUCGCUCCUAUCAAAUAAAAAAUGGCAGCAGCCCUGGGCUCUCCCUCUCUCAUCCCCUCUUCUCUCUACUUCUCCGGCGAUGGUCCCCCGUCCCUCUCUUCGUCGUCGUCGUCUUUAAGUUUCUCAGUAGGCGGUACCAAGAGGAGCUACUUAUCGGUUUCCUCUUCUUCAUCUUCACCUUAUGGAAGAAGGGGAAUCUCUGGGCGGCGUUCGGUAGUGGUGGUGUGUGCUGCUUCGGGAGACUACUACGCUACUCUGGGUGUGCCUAAAUCUGCCAACAUCAAGGAGAUUAAAUCUGCCUAUCGCCGCCUCGCCCGUCAGUAUCAUCCCGAUGUGAACAAGGAACCUGGCGCAACCGACAAGUUCAAGGAAAUCAGUGCUGCCUAUGAGGUGUUAUCAGAUGAUCAAAAGAGAGCACUCUAUGAUCAAUAUGGUGAAGCCGGUCUCAAGACUUCUGUUGGAGGAGGACCUUCCGCUACUUACACGACAAAUCCCUUUGACCUCUUCGAGACAUUCUUUGGUGCGAGUAUGGGCGGAUUUCCCGGGAUGGACCAAGCUGACUUUGGAACAACUACUCGCCGCUCCAGGGUUUCCAAAGGUGAUGAUUUACGGUAUGACAUCACCUUACAACUCUCGGAGGCUAUUUUUGGAUCUGAGAAAGAAUUUGAUCUUACGCAUCUGGAGACAUGCGAAGCUUGUGCUGGCACCGGUGCUAAACCUGGAUCUAAGAUGAGAAUAUGCUCCACUUGUGGUGGCCGGGGUCAAGUUAUGAGAACUGAGCAAACCCCAUUCGGCUUGUUUUCACAGGUUUCUGUAUGUCCAAACUGUGGUGGAGAUGGUGAGAUCAUUUCGGAAAAUUGCCGCAAAUGCUCUGGAGAAGGACGUGUGCGUAUUAAAAAAAGUAUCAAGGUCAAAAUUCCUCCAGGUGUUAGCGCAGGUAGCAUCCUUAGAGUUGCCGGGGAAGGUGAUUCUGGUCCCAGAGGUGGACCUCCAGGAGAUUUGUAUGUAUAUCUUGAUGUUGAAGAUGUCCGUGGAAUUCAAAGGGAUGGCAUAAACCUCUUAUCUACUCUUUCCAUCACUUACCUUGAUGCUAUACUGGGUGCGGUUGUUAAGGUGAAAACAGUAGAAGGAGACACUGAACUGCAGAUACCUCCAGGUACUCAACCUGGUGAUGUGCUGGUCCUGGCAAAGAAAGGAGCACCAAAACUGAAUAGACCAUCUAUCCGCGGUGACCACUUGUUUACAGUCAAAGUUACUAUACCAAAUCAAAUAAGUGCUGGAGAGCGGGAGUUACUGGAGGAACUUGCUUCUCUGAGUGAUACGUCUAGCAACCGGCUGCGAACUCGUGCUAAGCCUCAGCAAUCCACUACUCUAAACAGUGCAACUAUUAGCUCACAAAACAGAACGGAUGAAGUUAGGGAGGAAAGCCAAGAACCGGAGCAAGAAAACGACUUGUGGAAGAACAUCAAAGAUUUUGCAGGAUCGGUCGCAAAUGGAGCCCUGAAAUGGCUGAGAGAUAACCUCUAGAGAUCCAUGUUCAACUAACAUGACCUGCUUUAAAAGAAAGCUCUUUAUUCUUUUUCAGUUUGGUGGAUGUUAAUUACCAAGUCACUAUGAUUUGAUGCGUGAGAAGCGAGCGAUACUGCUCUUACUACCCCACUCCUUUUAUUAGUACAAAUACAACGGGUAUUUCGAGUUAGUUUUGUGUUGGGGGGUCGAGAAAAUUUGUGCGGGAUUUCAAACUUCUCGUAUUAUUUCAUAUACCAAUUUGAAGUUGAAAUCUAAGCAGAUUGGGACAUUUAAUACCAUCUCAAACUUUUGUGCGCAUUCUUUUUC